CAGCAUGGCCACGCGGACGACCUGGUUAACCGGCGACUUGCACCAUACAAACUCGAGGGAAAAGAUAAUAAGGCAUUCGAACUUGUGAAGAGAGAUACAGGCUUGAAGAAAAUCCCGGAGGAAGCUGACAUGAUGCAAAGGGUAUACAAAGACAAACUGCAAGCAGAUAUGACUGACAACGGGAGCUCCAGAAUCGACACCCCAACCAACAUCUCUCUGAAUCCGAGCGACGCCGUCUCCGAAUCUUUGGAGUACCAGACAGUGUCGGUGUUCCUGGUCCUGCUGGUGUGUGGCGUGGGCAUUGUUGGGAACAUCAUGGUGGUCCUCGUGGUCCUCACCACCCGUCACAUGAGAACACCCACCAACUGUUAUCUGGUCAGCCUGGCCAUAGCCGACCUGACGGUGUUGGUGGCGGCAGGGCUGCCCAACGUGUCGGACAGUCUGACAGGCACGUGGGUCUUUGGCCACGCUGGCUGUCUGGGGAUCACCUACCUUCAGUACCUGGGCAUCAACGUGUCCUCCUGCUCCAUCACUGCCUUCACUGUGGAGAGGUACAUAGCUAUCUGCCAUCCAAUGAAGGCUCAGACAGUGUGCACAGUGUCCCGGGCCAAGCGGAUCAUUGCCGUGGUUUGGAUCUUCACCUGUGUCUACUGCAUGCUGUGGUUUUUCCUGGUGGACAUUCAGGUCAGCCAGGACGGACAUGUGCAGUGUGGCUACAAAGUGAAACGGGAGCUCUACCUGCCAAUCUACCUCAUCGACUUUGCCAUUUUCUAUGUCAUACCGCUGCUUUUCGCCAUCGUGCUGUAUGGCUUGAUAGCACGGGUCCUCUACCUCAGCCCUCUGUCCAACCAUUGUGACACCAGCACCACCACCACACUACGUCGGAGCUGCAGGGAAGCCUCGGAUGCGGGGAAGGGAGGUCGCCAGGCCCGGCCAAAGAGCGCACUCUCCUCCAGGAAACAGGUGACAAAGAUGCUGGCAGUAGUGGUGAUCCUAUUUGCUCUACUGUGGAUGCCCUACCGGACUUUAGUUUUGAUCAACUCUUUUGUGCCCACGCCCUAUCUGGAUGCCUGGUUCGUCCUGUUUUGUCGGACAUGCAUCUAUGCCAACAGUGCUAUAAACCCUGUGAUAUACAAUGCCAUGUCUCAGAAGUUUCGCUCAGCAUUUCGCGGGCUUUACCACUGCCAACGGCCAGAGGGAAAUCAGAGAACGCUGUCAAUGGUCCAGACGGGCUUCGGCACCAUCCGAGACCCCCGAGCCUCCCAGGCCAAUAGCAAUGGAACCAAUGAAAACGCAGGGAGAGACCUCUCGAAUACUGCCACCGAUAUGACUACUAAGCAGAAUGGAAGUGGUCAUCAGGAGACAGCAACACCCAAUGGCAAGACAGCAGACCAUCCCAUCGACAUCAUUCUAGCUUUUAGCUUUGGUUUGGGUCCAGCUGAGACGAUGCCAUCUAGUGAUGAGGAGUUGAAAGUCAGCCUCGCCUGCACACCGCUGAGGCUGGAUACCUGCUGCCAGAGGAAAGCAGAGGUGGAGGUGGAUGGAAAGAUGAAUGAUUCAACAAGUGAAGCGAACACAAAGAAGCACAUCAACCACAGGGUCCCGGACACUGUCGACCCCCUCCAGUUUGACUACUGCUCCAACCAAUCAGUGGAUGAUGCGGACAGCACCACCCUCAUCAAAUAUGCGGAUGACACCACCAUCCUGGGGCUCAGCAAGGGGGAGGACGAGUCAGGGGAUGAACUCAGGAGAGUCCAGCGCGACCUGAAGGUGAAGCUCAGGGAGUGCAAGGACUCCUACAGGAGAAAGCUGGAGGCCAAAUGA